AUGUGGAUGACAUCUUUGCUUUAUUUAACGAUGAAAGUGAAGCAAAAACAAGUUAAUGGUAAACUUCCUUUUCUUGACAUUUUAAUUGAGAACACCAGUGACAAAUUUUAUACUUCUGUGUUCCAUAAGUCAACCUAUAGUGGCCUUUUAACUAAUUAUUUUAGUUUCACUCCCAAAAUAUAUAAAAUAGGCCUCAUUAAAACACUAAUUGACAGGACUUUCAAAAUUAACAACAGUUGGAAACACUUUGACAUUAAUAUUAAGGCUCUGACUGAAAUUUUGAAAAAAAACUUUUUUCCUACAAAACUGGUAAACCGCCAUAUUUCAAAUUACCUUGAUAAGAAUUUUUCUACAGCUGUCACUACAGAGACAACUAAUGUAUUAGAAAAGAGUUGUAAUGCUAGCUAUGUGGGUGAAACCACCAGGCACAUUUCUAGUAGAGUUAAAGAACAUUUGAAAACUGAUAAAAACUCACAAAUAUUUAAGCAUAUGCAGUCAAAUCUUAACUGCAAAUUACUAUGUAACGAAAAUUGUUUUUCUAUUUUGGAUCAUGCAGACACUGAUUGGCAGAGGAAACUCAAAGAGGUUGUCUCUGUAGUGACAAGUGUUGAAAAAAGUAUUAGAAAAUGCAUUUUUACCCAAGAGAAGAAACUUAGAGGUCUAACUAAAAACGUCGCACCACCGUUUACAGCAGACGAAAUUGUCACCAAUUUAUCUUCGUACAAUUUGCUUGAUGAUGAGAGUGAAAUUUUAAAAAAUGGUCUGUCUUUUGCCAUUCCACCACUAACACUUAGGAAAACAGAUGUGUUUGUUUCGUUUGAAAUGAUUUAUCGAUUUAUGUCCUCAAAUUUGAAAGAUAAAAAUGAUGAUAAUCUUUUAAAGUCCAGCCUAUCACAUAUUGCGAACAGUUAUUACCACGAUUACCGACCCAGUCGGGAAGUUAUCAAAAAACAUGGUAUCCUGAAAAAGUUGAAGAAAAACAAUAUUGUUAUUUUAAAGCCGGACAAGGGAAAUGGGGUAGUAAUCUUAGACAGAAAGGAUUAUGAAAAAGGCAUCUUGGAUAUCAUUUUAGAUACUACUAAAUUUAAAAAACUCGACGAAGAUCCAACAUUGAAGAGAGAAGGACAGUUACAACGUUUUCUUAGGAAUUUAAAGAAAAAAGGUUUUUUUAGUGACAAAGUGUACAACGAUAUAUAUCCCAGUGGUUCUCAACCGGCCAGAAUAUACGGCCUUCCUAAAAUGCAUAAAUCUUUUGAAAAUUUACCUAAAUUUAGGCCCAUUAUAUCUUCUAUAGGCACAUGCAACUAUCAACUUGCCAAGUUUUUAGGUGGUUUAUUAUCUGAUGUAAUUCCCAAGGAUUACUGUACUGCAGAUACUUUCACUUUCGUUGAGGAAUUAAAAAAGGUGAGUAAAUACGACAAGUUUAUGGUUUCUUUUGAUGUUUGUAGUCUUUUCACGAACAUACCAUUGAAUGAAACAUUAGAUCUUGCAGUUCAACUUGUAAUUGCCGGAAAUCGUAAACUCAAAAUCACAAAAUCUGAACUAAAACAAUUAUUCGUUUUUGCAACGUCAUCCUCGAAUUUUUUGUUCAAUAAUGAAAUGUAUGAACAGGUCGAUGGUGUUGCCAUGGGCUCGCCGCUGGCACCUAUUUUAGCGAAUCUUUUCAUGGGCGUUAAAGAAAAGGAAUGGAUAAAAAAUUACUCGGGUUGUGGCCCAACAUACUACCGUAGAUAUGUGGAUGACAUCUUUGCUUUAUUUAACGAUGAAAGUGAAGCGUUGGCCUUUUUUGAAUACUUGAAUCAGAGACACCCUAAUAUAAAAUUUACCUUAGAAAAACAAGUUAAUGGUAAACUUCCUUUUCUUGACAUUUUAAUUGAGAACACCAGUGACAAAUUUUAUACUUCUGUGUUCCAUAAGUCAACCUAUAGUGGCCUUUUAACUAAUUAUUUUAGUUUCACUCCCAAAAUAUAUAAAAUAGGUCUCAUUAAAACACUAAUUGACAGGACUUUCAAAAUUAACAACAGUUGGAAACACUUUGACAUUAAUAUUAAGGCUCUGACUGAAAUUUUGAGAAAAAACUUUUUUCCUACAAAACUGGUAAACCGCCAUAUUUCAAAUUACCUUGAUAAGAAUUUUUCUACAGCUGUCACUACAGAGACAACUAAUGUAUUAGAAAAGAGGUAUUUUAAAUUGCCUUUUAUUGGCAAGUACUCUAUUACUGCCAAAGAAAAAGUCAAUCAACUUGUCAAUAAGAUGUGUAAAGAAAUCAAUGUUUGUAAUGCUAGCUAUGUGGGUGAAACCACCAGGCACAUUUCUAGUAGAGUUAAAGAACAUUUGAAAACUGAUAAAAACUCACAAAUAUUUAAGCAUAUGCAGUCAAAUCUUAACUGCAAAUUACUAUGUAACGAAAAUUGUUUUUCUAUUUUGGAUCAUGCAGACACUGAUUGGGAGAGGAAACUCAAAGAGGGUAUGCAUAUUUCUUGGUUGAAACCAGACCUCAAUAAACAAGUUAAGCAUUGCAUCAUCAAUUUAUCCGUUUAA